GAAUAACGCUGUUGAUUCGCUAUUCAAGUUGAGUUUCGCAUCAUUUGUAAACCUCGUUUGACGCUCGAAGCGCUGGUGAAAAUCGCGGAAUCGUUGAGUGUAAAUAAACGUUAAGCAAAAAACAGCAACAACAACAAGAACAACAAUAGCCGUUACUGAGCAGGCAAAACAAGUUUUGCAUUGCCAGCUAAUAUAUAGCAUAUAUACUAUAUAUAUAUAUAUAGUAUAUAAAAAAGAAAAGAAAUCGUUAAACGAUGGCUUUUGCUUCCAAGUGCGCAAUAGUCGCCGUAGCCUUAUUUGCUUUGCUGCUGACGCAUGGCUUCGAUGUUGUGGAUGCCCGCCGUAACCAAGGCAGCAAUCAACGGAAAACGUCAUCCAGCAGCAGCAAUUCGGGCCAUGUGACCCAAUCAUACAGCAAUCCCAGUAACAAUGGUGGCAACUCGCACGCAGACGCCGCUAAACUGAGCUAUUCCAAUUACAAUUCUCAACCGAAUCGUCCACCCAAUGCCCAACCGCCUGCGCCUGGCUGGAAUGUGCCGCAAGGACCACCGGCUGGAGGUGCACACUCCAAUGUGCAUCAGCCCAUAACUCCCAACAAUUAUGGUCAGCAGCAUGCAGGAGCACCUCCUAGCUAUUCAGCUGCUGGUGGCUAUCCAGCUGCUGGUGGCUAUCCGGCGGCUGGUGGCUAUCCGGCUGCUGGCAGCUAUCCGGCUGCUGGUGGUUAUCCAGCUGCGGGUGGCUAUCCAGCUCAUGCCGGCUAUCCGGCUCAUGGCGGCUAUAUGAAUGGAGCAAGUGGUGGCUACCCCGCUGGCGGCUAUCAUCAGGCUGCCGGUGCACCACCAGGCGCUGUAUACGUGCAGCCUGGCUCAGCUCUACCACCAGGCGCCGUUUUGUUAUCGCAGCCACCGCAGCAAUCUUCCUCUGGCUUGGGCUUCGGCACUGGUCUUCUGGCUGGUGGCUUGGGCGGCGCCCUGCUUGGCCACGCGUUGACCCCAUCUGGUGGCAGCUCCUCGCAACCGGCGGCUGCACCAGCCGCUGCUGCUGGCCAGGACCGCAUCAUAAUCAUUAACAAUGGCGUGCCUGUGAAUGCCAGCGAUGGCACCACUGUCAUCAAUGCAGCGGGCGCACCGGCAGCCCCAAUGAACGCCACCGAUGGACAGUCCGCGCCGCCAAUGGCGCCCAUGGCACCUAUGGCACCCAUGGCCAAUGGCACUGACGCAGCGCAACAACCGCCGGCACCGGGCGGCAUCAUUUGUGUGCCCACCAAAAUCAACGAAACGGAUCCGACAGACAGCAGCAAGAUGAUCGAGGUCGAGAAAAUCGCCUGCUAUCCGGCACCGCCGCCACCAGCCGCUGCGCCCGGCGCUGAACCCGUGCCGCUGGCACCAAUGGCCACCAAUCAGCCGCCGCCGGCAAUGCUGCCACCCGACCAGGCAGCCGUGCGCUCCAACACCAACGGUGGAGCUCAGUUGCAAGUCUCCAGCUUUGCCAUGUCUAUUGGCCUGCUUGGUGGGCUCCUGCUCCACUUGGCUAAGGCUGCAAAUUAUAAUUGAAUUAGCUGCAAAUGUUUCCAAUAGUCCGCUUUUGCACCUAUUUAGCCCACGGCCACGCCCACACCCAAUUACACACAUAUAUAUAUAGAGAGAGAUGGCUCGCUUUAUAGCAGCGUAUUUUUGUAUUCAAUUAUUAUGCAUUGUUAACUAGUAUUUGUUCGUAUAGUAUUCGUAACUUGUUAUCUAUAGAUAACCCUGCCUGACGGCCUUCAAAUGUGAUGCUGACCAAGAAGAUUAUUAUGAAGAUGACGACGAUGACGAUGAUGAUGUUGAUGAGGCAGUUAUUCCGAUCGAAUGAAUCUAUGAAUCUCCUUAAAACUGUUAUUACUUAUACAACAAAACGAAUGUUGAUCUAACUCCGCACCCCUCGUAACAGUAUUUCCUAUAUAAUCUCUAACUAAUUAUUAUGUAGUUAGCACUAUUAGCUAGCUGCUUUUAAUCACACACACACACACUAUUUAAUGUACCCCUUGUUCUGUUUAUUUUUAUGUUUUUUAAUGUACCUACGAUGAAUGUCUCUUGUUAUUGGUAAAAAAGUUUUCGUUGUUCUGAUUAAUUGAUACAAUAAAAAGCUUUAACAACACGCCGCACUCCAAGGUU